GAGAUGAGGCCACGAAACCUACAGCAGAGGAACGAGAAGAACAUCUGCGGUCCAUCCAUUCACUGGACGUGUGUGUAAACUCUACAGAAGCUCAAAAUGAAGGGCAUCCAAGUUUUUGCUGGUCUUCUUUUACUACUCUUCGUUCAAAACAGCAUUUGUGCUCCACUACAAGACGACAGCACGAGCACAGAGACAGUAAGUUAUUUACCGAGAGGUGAAGAUUUCACGACCGUAAAGAGGCAUUCAGAGGGGACGUUCUCGAACGACUACAGUAAAUACCUGGAGACCAGAAGAGCACAAGACUUUGUUCAGUGGCUCAUGAACUCCAAGAGAAACGGUGGUCCAUCCAGACGUCACGCUGAAGGGACAUACACCAGCGACAUCAGCUCGUACCUGCAAGACCAAGCGGCCCAAAACUUUGUCGCUUGGUUGAAAUCAGGACAGCCCAAACAACAGUAGGCUUCAAUGCUUAGUUGCCUUCAGCUGCUUAUUGAUCAUGACAAAGAUGCAAAUAAAGAAAGAGCGAGUGUGUGUGUGAGAGAGAGAAAUAACAGAUUGCUUGCUUGCUUCUAACGCACUUUACGAUAAAGCUAAUGCUAAUAAAUCACGCUAAAACUGG